GGGUAAGAGAAAGAUCAGAGGAACAGCAAGAGCUCUAGAACAAGGGACAGAGGCUGUUAAUUUCAGGUUAUUUCAAAACACUUUCUCGGGCAAUUAAGACCUAAAUCUAAGGUAGAUGCUGGCUGUUGAUUUAAUCCGUCCUGGCUCAUGGUUCCAUUCCAUGGAAUCCGACUACAGUUAAGUCGUCACUUAGCAUUGACAGGGUCUUAGAAACUGCAACUUUAAGCAAAACGAUGUACAAUUAAACUUUUUUUUUUUCUCAUCAACAUUAUAACAAAAUGGGGCUUGGCGUGGUGGCUCACAUCUGUAAUCCCAGCACAAAAACCUGUCUCUACAAAAAAUACAAAAAUUAGCUAGGCGUGGUGGCACACGCCUGUAGUCCCAGCUACUCAGGAGGCUGAGGUGGGAAGAUCACCUGAGCCUGGGAGGUCGAGGCUGCAGUGAGCCGUGAUUGUACCACUGCACUCCAGUCUAGGCAAUGGAGUAAGACUGUCUCAAAAAACUAAAAAACUUUUUAAAAAUUAUAACAAAAUGAUGCUGAAGAAAACAUUGGAGGACCUGCUGUAACAUCAUUUGGCUUAAAGUCAUGGUUUCCAGGAACCUGUUGACAACGUGAGGACUUAAUAGAUAUGAUCAGCAGGAUCAUGAACUAGAAAGCGGCUUGGAUUCUAUGCUUGGUUUUGCCAUUAACUACCAACCACAUGACUUCAGAUAACCUCUUGCCCUCACUACCUUGUGGAGUUACUGAAAGAUAAAAUGAAAGUGCUUUAAAAAGUUGAAAGCAUUAUACAAAUUUAAGAUUUUAGCACAGGGACAAAAAAUACAGCUAAGACUAUGAGGAGCUUCUGAAAGCAGAGAUUGAGAGCUGUGGCAAAUGUAUGAGCCGUGAGGCAAUGGGGAGUGUAACUAGAUGGCAGGUGCCCUGCCUUUGCCCCCACCCUCUCUCCCCAUUGUCCUACUCAUUCAUAACCCAGAUUCCAGGGCUCAUUCCUCUGGAGAAUCCUUAACUGUGCCUGUGCCAAGAUAGGCUCCACCAGGCUGGUCAGGCAGGCUGCCUGGGUGCAAAUGGCCAAGCCAUGAAGGAGCCAAGGAAGAUGGGACACACUGCUUCUGAAAGGUUACUAACACCUUUUUAAGAGACACCUUUGGACUGCUUCAUGUCCUGGGAGAAGGGGAAAAAAGAGACCCUUUGGGCUUCUGGAGCUAGCCCUGAACCAAAAAACUCCCUAAUCAACCUGACUUAGGUAAAACCUUUACUGAGCUGGGAAUCUGGUUCAGUCUGGGAUUGUCAGGGGCUAUUUCAGGGCAACAGAAGGGGACUGGCUUUUCUUGUCAUAGGUCACAAAGGCAGAGAGAACCACACCAGCAUCACCAAGAUGGCCAGGAGUGGAAAAUGCAGACAUUGAGCCUAAAACAAGAAGCCAUUUCCUUGGGAGCACUGUGAUGUGGGCCAUGCUCACUCACUAUAUGCCCAAAGCCUCUGGCCUGGCUGGCUGCUGUUCAGUUGAGGGUGUAACCAGCUCCUGUUUUCCCUGCCAGGGCUUGAGUCCUGUGAGAACCUUGGAAAGAGAGAAGAGAUAAUGGGUAGUUUUAGGGGAUAGAAUACCCCUUUCUCCUACCAAAUGUAAGAGACAUCCACCCCCCUACCCCCCACCGACCCAACAAGAUCUUCUCAAACUGUUUUGUGCUCUGAAGUAUCUAAAGAUAGGGGAGCUUUUCAGCCUAUUCUAGACCCAGCUCCUUCUCAGGGGAAAAGAGAGGGAGCUGGCCAGGGACGACUCCCAUGCCCCCUCAAGAAAAGCAGAGAGAGUUUCUACCCCAUCAUUCCACAAGGUCAGAACAGCUAGAACGGAGGCUGAAGAGACUGAGAGCAGCUGCAGAAAUCCAAAAAUAUUGACCUUAUAGGCUCAAGAUGCUGUAUGCUGGGUUUUUACAAGGAUACUCGGUAUUUGAUGAAACCCAGUUAGGCAAGACAUGCUCUCCUUCUCCCCAUUCCUACCUCUCUUUUAUUAAAAAUUUUAUAGUUACAGUGUCUCACUAUGUUGCCCAGCCUGGUCUUGAACCCUUUGGCUCAAGUGAUCCACCCGCCUUGGCCUCCCAAAGUGCUGGGAUUACAGACGGGAACCAUCACGUCUGGCCUAUUCCUGCCUCUCAAAGCCCUCCACCCAACAGGCAGACUUGAGACUCAAACCAUGGUCCCAGCUCUGCAUCAGGGGUAAUUUGGAAUUCAGAUUCUUUCAAACUGGGGUAAAAACCAGGCCCAGAGUUCAGAGUUCAACAACAAGCUUCCAAGAUGCCGCCCAAAGGAAAAAGUGGUUCUGGAAAAGCGGGGAAAGAGGGAACAGCCUCUGGGAGUGACAGUGCUGACAAGAAGGCUCAAGGUCCCAAAGGUGGUGGCAAUGCAGUAAAGGUCAGACACAUUCUAUGUGAAAAACAUGGCAAAAUCAUGGAAGCCAUGGAAAAGUUAAAGUCUGGGAUGAGAUUCAAUGAAGUGGCCACACAGUAUAGUGAAUAUAAAGCCAGGCAAGGGGGCGACUUGGGUUGGAUGACCAGAGGGUCCAUGGUGGGACCAUUUCAAGAAGCAGCAUUUACCUUGCCUAUAAGUGGGAUGGAUAAGCCUGUGUUUACAGACCCACCAGUUAAGACAAAAUUUGGAUAUCAUAUUAUUAUGGUUGAAGGAAGAAAAUAAAAUCAUAUAAAGACUGAAA